AAAGCGGGAAAAGUCGUCUUGCGCUGAAUUCCCCAGUCCAGUCACACACGACACAGCCUUGCGCCACAAGACAAACAACAUGGUAUCGGUAUCAGUGUAUAAAUGCGUUUUACCAGAUUGAUUUAUUGGAGAAUUUCCCUUACGACCUUUUGGCGUCAAAUUCGUGAGGAAAAAAUCAAGGGUCGUGGCCCACAACAGUGGUUUCGCACACAAGUGAUUAUUUAAAGGGGCCGAUAACGUUUGUUGUGUGAAACAAGUUGUAAACAAGGCAAUUAAACACAUUAUAAAUAAAUAUUAUGGGCGCUUUGCAAGAUGUACGUUCGAUUUACUAAUAUGUGAUUUUGGAAGCUGGACAAAAUGACAAAAGAAGAGAUAUGGUUUAUUUUAAUUUUCGUGGCAGCCCACUAUAUACAAGUAGAAAGCUCUCAAUGCUAUCGUCGUUCCAGCUGCGAUAGAUGUAUUCAAGCAGUCGCGUGUCCACAAAACAAAACCCAUGUGAAUAUAGUUUUUCAACAAAAUUUCGUCAACAUUAUCUGCACGAAGUCAGCCCCAGGGACUCUCGAUAUGUAUCCAACAUUCGAUGGUAGAUACUUGAAGAGUUUUGAUGAUAGCAGCCCGCUUACCCUCGACACGAUGAUAACAAAGUGCUUCAAGACAAAACCAAAGCAUAUCAAAUAUGCGGUGGAACUCGACAAAGUAAGACAUAUCAAUAUUACGAAAAAUUUGUUAAAAGAUCAAUCGGAGCUGGAAUAUUUAUACAUCGGUUGGAUCAAUAAGUUACAAAACGACUCCUUCAUAUCUCUGGAAGAGGAAUUUUUGGAGCACACCCCAAAGUUGCAAACCCUAAUCCUAAAUCAUAGUGACCUGAGAAAUCUCAAGUCCUAUUUAGCAAACCUGACUGGACUCAUCAAUUUGGAUCUCUCUUCAAAUUCUUUAUUCGAAAUUCCAAGUGGAAUUUUUGAAAGUCUCGAUCAUUUGGAGGCUGUUUCUUUUAGGAGCAACAAUUUAAGGAAGUUAAAUAAUGGAUGUUUCUCAGGUGCCAAGGUGAUAACAAAGUUAGACUUAAGUGAAAACAAGAUCAAUAACGUGGAAAAUAAAGUUUUCAGUGGGCUAUUGAACUUGACUUAUUUAAACCUGAGCUAUAACAGUUUGAAAGCGAUAGCGGAAGAUACUUUCUCGAGCAACGAGGAACUAAAAGUUUUGGAUUUAUCAGGAAACCAGGAUUUUGUUGUGUCGAAACCCUUAUUUAGCAAACUAAAGAUGUUGGAAAAAUUGUUUUUAAUAAAUUGUGGAAUUGGAACUUUGGAGGGUCACGUUUUUGACCAUCUCGCAAACUUAGACGAACUGACACUCAGUCAGAAUGAUUUGCAAAGUUUGCCGACAACUAUAUUCGCCGUUCUUGGCUCUUUAAGGACUCUAGAUUUGAGCCAGAACAAGUUGGAGUCUUUACCAAGCAAAAUAUUCUCUACGUUAAAAAACCUUCAGGUUUUAUCGCUCAGAGGGAAUAGACUCACGAAGUUGGAUGGCGAUUAUUUUCAAGAGCUGCGCUCGUUGAAGGUUCUGGAUUUAGGUUCCAACCAAAUAUCAGAUUUUUUGGUGCACAAUUUUAAUAACAAUGUAGAAAAAGUGAUUCUCAGCUAUAACAAAAUUAAAUCAGUUCCUAAUGUUUUCCUUGAGAGAAAUUCGCUGCAGCAUUUGGAUGUGAGUCACAAUGAAAUUACGAGUGUGCAUAUGAAAUACCCCAUUCCAAUAAACCGAACGACAACUGUGGAUGUUUCUCACAACAGAAUUGACGACAUCCAGCUUCCAGAUCGAUACGAAUCUAACAACGAAGGCAGUAUUAUAUUCAAUUUAACAACAAAUUUCGUAAGAUGCUCUUGUAAUAAGUACAAAGUAGAGAAGGCUGCAGAAAUGAACGAUUUGAUGCAACUUACGGUAUUGCGAAACAAGAUAGAGUGUUCGGCAGUCGCUGGAGAUUGUUUGCUGGUCAAUGUGGAUGAGUGCCCCCAGACAUGCGACUGCUUCUACAGAAAGACUGACACUUCUCUAGUUAUCGAUUGUUCUUAUGGAGACUUGACGAGUGCACCAACGCUCGAGGGUUUGAAAUCUACCGGUACAUACAAGCAUAAUCAAACUAUUGUGAUUCUAAAAGGAAACAACUUGAAUUCCAUGGGUCCGCAAAAGCUUGCUGGUUACAACAAUGUUACUUACCUCGAUUUGUCCGACAAUGUUAUUUCGGACUUUCGCUGGGUCCCCCCACAUUUGCAAUAUCUGGAUUUGGACAACAACCGACUUCAAAACAUAAAUCGGGAAACGAUUCGUGUUCUGGAAAAAACCGAGAGCCUGGUGGAAAUUACUUUGAAGAAUAAUCCAUGGAAAUGCGAAUGCAACUCUGCAGAUUUGCAAAGAUAUCUAAUCAGUUUCAACAACAUUAAGGUCAAUCAGACCGACGUCACUUGCCAAUCAACCGGUGAAUACUUGAUCUACACGAAAAUAUGCGAACAAUCUCUACAGAAUUCCUUGACGGUCCCGAUUUCUCUAACGUUACUCUUCGCCAUGUUGGCCAUAGCAUUGACUUUGUAUUAUCGUUACAACACCAGCAUAAAGAUUUACUUGUACUCCAAAAACUGUUGUCUGUGGUGCGUGGCUGAAGAAGAACUCGAUAAGGAAAAAACUUAUGAUAUUUUCGUGAGCUACUCCUACAAAGACGAGGACUUCGUGCAAAAGCAGCUGCUGGCUCAGCUAGAGCAUCCGCAGCGGCCUUUCAAAGUGUGCAUCCAUUACAGAGAUUUCAUCCCAGGCGAGUUUAUUAGUAAACAGAUAGUUGAUUCGGUGUUAAACUCGCGUAGAACGUUGGUGGUACUUUCUAACAAUUUUAUGGAGAGCGUGUGGGGAAAAAUGGAGUUCCGGACGGCCCAUACGCAGGCCAUUACAGAGGGCAGAGCUAGAGUUAUAGUGGUUAUCUAUGGAGAUUUGAACGAAGACUCGUUGGAUGACGAAAUGAAGGCCUAUUUGAAGACUAAUACGUAUGUGAAAUGGGGCGAUCCCUGGUUUUGGAAUAAGCUGAUGUAUGCGUUGCCUCAUUCCAACAAUAGAUUUAAAAAUGCUGAGGUUAUUCACAUAGAAGAGACCUGCGGCAAAGGGUUGCUCGGUUGCUUUAAGUGGUUAAACAAAACGAGGAACAUCACGGUCGGGACCGGAAACAAGGGUAGCUUUGAUUUGGAGAGUCAUAGUCACAAGAUGUGAGAGUGGCAGUUUUAUUUAUUAAUUGGGUGAUAUAUUAUGUGUGACGUUAUUGUUGCGUUUUUAAUAAAAACGUUUCUAUGAAUUUGUUAUCUUAUGUUUGUGAUAAUUAUUAGUAUACAUUUUAGAUUCGUUGGUUUUGUAAAUAUAGCGAAUUGAUGAA